CGCGCAUUGAAGACGCUUUCGGGAAAACGUGCUUUUCCUUUACCUUUGCGGAGGGUGGUUUUGUGCUACUGGCUGCUGCAGCUAAUAGUGAUUGAUCAUGGUGGAUGUGUGAGUGUGUGAGCAGCGUGGCAGCCAAUAUCUAGAGGAAUAAAUAAGCAAUGUAAACACAGUUGGAGGAACAUAAAUCGGCGGGAGAAGAGUGCGAUACAAGGAAAAUGAAUGCGAAAUCGGUUGCACGGUCAGGGCUGAUGAUGUUGGUUUUAGUAGAUGCUGGCACAAACCUUGAGACCCAAUCUCCAGCAAGCAAGACGGCGUCAGUGGCAUGAGUUUUAGUGCAAUAAUAAUGUCGUAGUAGCGUUGCCCGGAGAGCGGAAUAGUGGGAUCAAAUUUUUCCUAUACGACCUUGAAUCGGUGGAAAUUGUGUAGCGUGAAUCUGAAAUUGGCAACACAUCAGAAAACUGAAAGAAGAUUUAGUGACGUUGGCGAUUUUUUCGGUUUUAUGGAAGAAAAGGAGUGUAAUUUUAGUGUGUAAAGUGGCUAACAGAGAAGUAGUGCAACGAUGGCCGUUCAUAUUAUGGACGAAGAUCAUUUUGCAAUCAGUGCAAUCGUAACGGUGGCAAUGCAGGUUAUAUUCUUCCUGAUCGCUGCCAUCUUCCAACUAGAUAAGCUCACGGAUUUUGCGGGUGGAGUUAACUUUAUCAUCAUUGCCUUGUUGACCUUUUUCUUAGGUCAAAUCGACAGAACAUUGAAGCCUUACGAUAGUAGACAGCUGAUGGUGACGGUGUUUGUUUGUUUAUGGGGUGCGAGACUUUCGGGAUAUCUGCUCUACAGGAUUGUGAAAAUCGGUCGUGAUAAACAGUUCGAGGACAAUCGGAGGAAUGUAAUACGAUUUGCAGUAUUCUGGACGUUUCAGGCUGUUUGGGUGUUCGUUGUUUCACUGCCCGUAAUCAUCAUCAACUCACCCCGGCAUUCAAUUCCGCGAGCACCAAGGACGAUGACGACGCUGGAUUCCGCGGGAACUGGGAUGUUCAUUACUGGAUUGUUGGCGGAAACGUAUGCUGAUUUGCAAAAGUUUUCCUUCCGACAAGAUCCAAUAAAUCAGGGCAAAUUUUGCAACGACGGACUAUGGCGAAUGUCGAGGCAUCCCAACUAUUUCGGCGAGAUUGUUAUUUGGUGGGGAAUCUUCGUUAUCUCGCUAAACGUUAUCGAUGGCAUCGAGUGGGUGGCAAUUAUGUCGCCAAUAUUCACAACCCUCAUCAUCUUGUUCCUGUCGGGGAUUCCGGUGCGAGAGCGGUCGGCGGACGAGAAGUAUCGAGAUGAUCUGGAAUACCGAAAGUACAAAGCGUGCACCUCACCAUUGAUUCCAAUCCCACCGGCAAUCUACUCGGAGGUUCCACGAGCUCUAAAAUUCAUCUUGUGCUGUGAGUUCCCACUUUACGACUCCCUGGACAAACGGCGUAAGGAGGAAGGCCCAUUUGCUAUGACUACCUCUAUAUCAGUAGCACACUCGCACUCGACCCACACAUAGCAAUCGGGAGGCGGAGUACAGCAACAUCCCAACCAUCCUGUGUCGUCGUCCUCGUCGUACCAUUACUACCAUCAUCAGCAUGGGCACCACGGUACGCAAGGGGCGAGCUGCUCCUCGAAGGAACGAAACUCCAUCGGACCGGCGGCUAGUUAUUCGUCCAGCCACCGAAGCGGUAGCGAAAGGCGUGGUGAAAAGUCCCUUCACGGUAGCCACUACUUUGAGGACAUCGUUCCGGAACGGAUAACUUGUAUUGCAAGCAGCGAUGGCAACUACAUCACCGGCUCGGCACAAAUUACUACAAUUUUGUGAUCUCGUUCACUGUUCAAUGUUAACUACUGAUAUACAAAGAAGGUAUACAUAUAGUCAAAAUGUGUUAUAUGAAAUUAUGUUUAAAGGUUUAUUGGUUAAUGGUUGCUGCAUUGCUUAAAAUUUAAGGACGAUGUGAGAGAAAAUGCCAAUUUUGAAUUGCCAAAUGCGCCAACACUUGAUUCCUUACUACUGCAUGAAAUCUUGGAAAAGUUAACAUAUAAAAGGUUUGGACUUGACUAUUGUUACAACACUGGCCUAUUAAUGCCAUCUGAGUUUUAGAGCUUUUAUAUCUUCCGAAUUCAAUCUUUAAGCAUUUACUGUAACAUUUGAUCCUAGAGAAGUACCUAAAUCAACACUCACUAGUUUCAGUCACGGCCGCCUACAAUAGUUACCUACACUAGUUCUACAGUUAACCCACAGUUUAGCCCACACAUAGUUGUAAUCAUCAUGUCAUAAAACGAGAAACACAACAUCAGGGAGCUGUACUGUCUGUAAUCGCAUAUUUGUUCUAAAUGAGAAGGAAACCUAGCAAAGAUGGCACUAAUAUGCGAUUACAGGCAGUGUAUAGUUGAUCAACUGUUCAUUGCUAAGAUACUGGCGAGAUUUGUGAAAAUUUCUAGAACCAUAGAUUUAUUUUGCAUAGUUUUGAAAGGGAGCUGUUCUACAUUUUCAUUUUAUGUUGAAGGUUAAAAGAUUGAUCCAUUAUGAGGAAAUGAAAAGCAAUUAAGGAAUAUUCCGAUUUCUCGUACCGUGGUAUGUAAGACGGUUCAACACCUUGAAUUCAAAGUUUGUUUUCCUCACUUAACCUUCCUAGUAUAUCAAAAAGGUGACGCAUAAUGAACGAAUUAUCAAAGAACAAAAAUUCCAAUGCCAAUUGGUCGGGGUUCAGCGAAACCGCACCAAGUGCGAUUUGGCCAAUUUUAGUU